CCCUGUUUGAUUUGUGUUCGGUUUUACGUGAAGGGCAUCAACUAUUAAACGUUGAAAAACGGAAGCUAUCACGAUAAAUCCCAUGGCAGACCAAAAUGGUCAAAUUGAUCUUGGCCCACCAAGGGAAGCGGUGGCAGGUGUAGGCUUCCCAGCUCCUCCCCCACCCAUCUACGCCUGCACCCUGACUCCUGAACUAGUGGCCAAGGCACGGGAAGAGCUCCAGGAGAAGCCCGAAUGGAGGCUCCGGGAUGUCCAGGCAUUACGAGAUAUGAUACUAAAAGACCACCCUAAUCUGAGGACACGGUUAGACGAUGCAUUCCUGCUGCGUUUCCUCAGGGCCAGAAAGUUUGAUUAUGACCGGGCCCUUCAGCUACUCUUGAAUUAUCAUGCCAGCCGGAAAGCCUGGCCUGAGGUGUUUCAGGACCUGAAGCCCUCUACAGUGAAGCACGUCCUAGAUCUGGGUUUUCUCACUGUCCUGCCCAGACCAGACCCUCAUGGACGCUACAUACUGUGUUUACGUCCAGGUAAAUGGAAGCCUAAUGAUUACCCAUUUGUGGACAACAUUCGGGCAAUUUAUUUGACAUUAGAGAAGCUGAUUCAGCCUGAGGAAACCCAAGUGAAUGGAAUUGUUAUCCUGGUGGAUUAUACAGGAGUUGGCCUCUCUCAAGCCUCUAAUCCAGGACCACUUUUGGCAAAGAAAGUUGUUGGUAUCCUUCAGGAUGGCUUCCCAAUCAGAAUAAAGGCUGUAAACAUUAUAAAUGAGCCACGUAUCUUCAAGGGUAUUUUUGCAAUAAUUAAGCCAUUUCUGAAAGAGAAAAUGGCAGAGAGGUAUGUUCUUCACGGUUCAGACUUGGCCUCUCUCCAUCGAGUCAUUCCUCAGUCUGUGCUGCCUCAAGAGUAUGGAGGAGUGGCUGGAAGACUUGACAUGUCUGCCUGGUCCAGAACGCUGCUGGGGGCUGAGGAAGAGUUUGUGGUGGAGUUCUGUCAGCCUGAUCCUCUGGAGGGCGUCGUUAUGCCAGACUCCAUGCUGUUUGAGGGAGAGCAAGCUGGCGCACAUGGAGAGGACUCCUUCAGACAUCUACGUUCCCAGCUUUAUUAUUGUUACUGACCUCCUGACAUUGUGCAAUGGCUUCUUUUGAAACAUUUAUUUAGCUAUGACCAACUAUGUAUUCACAGGUCACCGGAUGAGUCUGACCGUUUAAAAGAUCUAGUACAGACAGCCAUUUAGAUGCUGGAUAUAUUCUUAUUGCUUUGGCUUAAUCUGGUUACCAUGUGUUUAAAAAAACUUGAUUCAAAAUCAUUUUCAGAAUACUCAGCCUUGGGUUUUAAUCUGUGUCUGUAUCUGUUACAAUGUCUAAAACAAUGUUCAGCACUACAUCAUUCUUAUUUUAUGUCACAAAUCAAAUAUUGCUUGCCUUAAUUUAGGGUGAAGGGAAAAUGAGAUAUUUAGAAAGGUUAAUUAAAUAGAGAAUUUAGAUUGGAGAUAGUGGCUCAUGUCAAUUAUAUCCAAAGCAAUAACAAUGUGCAUUUUUUUUUUAUUUAAAAGCCUUGGUACAAAAGAUUAUUUUAUCCUACAGAGAAUAAAAUAAUGACCAUG